AUGGUGAAAAUAUCGAGGAUGCGAAUGUAGAAGACAACACGAACGUCAUACCUGACUUAGGAUUUCAAGUAAAUCAAGUCACUUCUACUGACCUGUAUCAUCCUGAACCAAUACAAAUCUUAACUCGUGUCUGGGAAGAGUUAGAAAAGAGACAACAUAUUUGUGUCACAUCUCUUUCAUGUGUUACGGUGCAUACAUUGUAUUCUUUAGAAUUUUUAUCAUAAUAUAGGCCUAGGCAAAUCAGUUACGAAAACUUGGAAAGAGAAAAUAGGCGUACACAGUUAAUGACACAGUUACUGACGUCUGAAAAAUGCUGCAAUGUCAUACGUAUGGGCCCUGAAGCAUUUAGGCAGUUAUGUCAAAAGUUAAGAGGAACUGGUAGAGUAAAGGAUUCAAUUCGCUCUACCGUUGAAGAGCAAGUCGCUAAAUUCCUAUAUAUUAUAGGGCAUAAUGUGAAAACUAGAACCAUGUCUUUCUUCUUCCACCGCUCAGGAGAGACAAUUAGUCGUCACUUUCACAAUGUCCUACAUGCUAUUCUGUCGUUAGAGGGAGAGUUCUUCAAGCAACCAUCUGGUGAAGAUGUUCCUUAUGAAAUACAUAAUAAUAGUCGAUUCUAUCCGUUUUUUAAGGACUGCAUUGGAGCCAUAGAUGGAACUCAUAGUCAUGUGAAGGUAUCAAGGGUGGAAGCCCCUCGUUUUCGGGGAAGAAAAGAGCAUCCAACACAAAAUAUUUUAGCUGCCUGUGGGUUUGAUAUGAAAUUCACGUAUGUCUUGGCUGGUUGGGAAGGAACUGCCUCUGACUCUAGAAUUUUGAAAGAUGCUUUAAGUAGGGAACAUCCACUUCGAAUACCCGAAGGAAAAUAUUAUCUAGGCGAUGCUGGAUUUAUGCUAAAGCCUAGGAUACUAACACCAUAUAGAGGUGUUCGGUAUCACUUGAAAGAGUAUUCAGUACGUGAGCCACAAAAUCCCAAAGAAUUAUUCAACCACCGACAUUCUUCAUUAAGAAAUGUCAUCGAAAGAUGUUUCGGAGUUCUAAAGAAAAGAUUCCCAAUUAUAGCCAGCGACACAGAACCUUAUUAUUCAUUUGAAACUAUGCGAGACAUUUUUUUGGCAUGUUGCAUACUGCAUAACUUUUUAAUGGGUGUCGAUGUUGAUCAGUCUAUAAUUGAUGCGGUUGAUCGAGAAUUGCUACAAGAACAAAGCAUAGAUAGAUCACAAUCAAAUCAACCACGUGAUGAGGAAUAUAGGCAUGCAUCGUUGUUAAGAGAUAACAUUGUAUUCGAAAUGUGGAAUGUGUAUCAAUCAUUAUAGGUUACAUAAUGCCGAAUAAAGGAAAUAAAACAAUAGAAGCCAAUCAACCUUCGAAAGAUAAUUUAAGAUGGUCUGAUGAUAUGGAUGAAGUUUUGCUAAAUGUAUUAGCAGAGGAAGCAUCGAAAGGUAAUAGGCACGAUGGCUCGUGGACAACUGAAGCAUAUGCCAAUGUUGUGAAGAGUUUGAGCAUAGCAAUAGGCCCUCACAUAACAAAGAAUCACAUAAAGAAUAGAAUGAAGACAUUGAAAGAUCAUUUUGCUGAGGCAUAUGACUUAUUUCAUCACUUAAGUGGAUUUGCAUGGAAUCCUGUAACUAGAAAGUUUGAAGCUGAAGAGCAAGUGUGGCAAGACUUCAUUAAGGAGAAACCACAAGCAGAAAAAUGAAAAAAAAUGUAAAUUAAGCAUUAUGAUACUUUGAAGGAGUUGUUCAGAGCUGAUAGAGCUACUGGUAAAGGGGCUACUACGUCACGAGAAAGGAUUCAAGAAAUUGCUAGAGAUCACAUUGAUUUGAAUGACUCAUUUGAAAACGUUGGAUUUUCUGACAUAGAUGUUAAUAUGGGACAUGAUACCCCAACGUUUCCUGCUAAUUUAGAUUCACCAAGUGGUCCUCAUAGUCAACCAAAUCAAUUAGGUGGGACUUCAACGUUAAGAGGAACAAAGCGUAAGUCUCCUAUGAAUGAUUUUUUGGAGGCACAAUAUGAGAAAGUUGCUUUGGAAAUUACUACCAUGGCUGAUGCUGUCAAAGAGGGUACUUAUCUAUCUAGCAAGCUACAUGAUGUAGCUCAGAGGCAGGUUGAAUCAGCUGAGAGACAAGCUUCUGUGGCUGAGAGGCAAGUUUCGGUUGCCGAAAAGCAAGUCUCGUUAAUUGAAAGACAAGUUGCAAUUGCUGAAAAAGGGUUGGCUAUUAUGCAACAAAGUAGGCCUCGCCUUUAUAGCGAAUCAGAUGUAUGGGAUAUGUUGACUGAAUUGGGUCUGAUAGGAUCAGCUCGGAUGCAGUGUUAUCAGUUUUUAUGUGAAAAUGAGCAGAAAAAGCGCCAAAUUUUUUGGAUCCCACCUGAAAUGCGAUUGGAUGCUCUUUUUCAUUUCAUGACAGCUGCUGGUGUUCGCUUAGGAGAUAUGGUACUUUCAUAAAACAUUAACCAUUUCAGGAAUCAUAACUUGAAAAUGUUUGGGAACAAGAAGUACACUGCUUAGUACAAGUAAAAAUCGAUCAUGUGUUAAUAUUUUUGACUCGGAGAAACUUUAUUUUUUUGAAGUAGAUGGGUACA